UCUGUCAACAUUGCGUGGUUGGUUUGAUGACUGAUGUAAUAGUGAAUAACAGCGGUAUGUUGAUACAUAAUGUUUUAUACCGUAUUAACCGUAAUUAAUACUUCGAGACAUGUACGAGGUAGUAUGUCUAAUGUCGGUUAAAAAUACUUUGUGUAACUUUAUUCUGUAAAAUUCGUGCUGUGAACUUAAGUGCAAUGGGUUCGUGAUUUACUUCAAUUAAACACGCAAUUUAGAAAAUAUAUAUACACUACAAUAACUAUGGCAGGAGCAACCCUACCCGAAAGAGUAGCUCAAAUAUAUUAUACUUAUGGUUUGUUCUGUUCGUCUUAUCCUGUUACUGCGAUAACCAUCGCCAUCUCCGUUGUUUUAUUGUGCUGUUAUCCGCUACUGAAUGUGCCUUUACCAGGAAACAUACCUACAGUGGUCAAUUUACCUCUACAUGACGAUACUCAAAACCCAAUUAACUGCCACAGUAAAAAUUGUCACUAUGCUGAUAUUUUGGAAAUAGGCCGUGUGCAUAAUGAGACGCAGAAACUACCUUACUUAUGGACAAAAGACAAACCAUUAUUCUAUGUACAGCAAAUUAUACUAAAAACAGGUGUCUCACCUUGGAAUAAUAAUUUAAGAAUGUGGGAUGCAUUUAGAGGUCCACUGCAAGAAGUAUUUCGAUUAUUAGAAACAAUUCGCAACCACGAAGAUGUUGAAACCAAAGGUUCUCUGUUACAACAUUGCUAUCAAAUUGAAGGAAUAAAACGACGUGAGAGUAAAGCAAGCAUGGAACGAGUAAUGCCAGAAUACAGCUGUUUGUUGCUAUCACCUGCUAAUUUAUGGCAACAAAAUCUACAAACAUUUUCACUUGAUGCUAAUAUAAUCAACACUAUAUACAAUUAUCAGAAUCUCCAAAAAGGUAAAACAUCGAUCGCUGAAAUGGCUUUUGGUAUGCACCUCCGAGAUACUGGCGUCAAACGAUAUCCCUUAAGAACCCGCCCUCGCGUGUUACAGUACGCUGUUACAAUAUUCUAUCAAGAAGCUAGUGAAAGGUUUAUCAAUUCGUUGACUCAUAAACUUAAAGAAUUAUAUCCGUUGUAUCAAGAUUCAGCGCCGAUAAGUGGCAAUGAAGUAACCAUAAUAUACUACCCGGGACAAUUCAAUUACCGCGAACCUAUACCACUAUUGAUUACAUUUUUCGGAUUGUUUCUUUACGUGUAUUUCUCAGUAAGGAAAAUAGAAUUUAUCCGAUCAAAGUUUGGCUUGGCAGCGUGCGCCGUGGUUACUGUAGUCGGCAGUUUGUCCAUGUCUAUAGGAAUAUGUUUUUACUUUGGUUUUUCAUUGAGCCUACAAGGCAAAGAAAUCUUCCCAUACUUAGUGAUUAUCGUUGGCCUAGAGAAUAUUCUUGUUCUAACAAAAAGUGUGACGUCAACCGACUCGCGACUGGAUGUUAAAAUUCGACUCGCACAAGGUCUCAGUAAAGAAGGCUGGUCGAUCACUAAAAAUUUACUCACUGAAAUAACAAUACUCACAGUCAGUUUCUUCACCUUCGUACCAUUUAUACAGGAGUUCUCUAUAUUCAUGAUUGUCAGUCUCAUAUCUGAUUACUUCAUACAAAUGGUGUUUUUUGCGACGAUUCUGGGCAUUGAUGUACGUCGUAUGGAAUGUUUCCCGGAGAGAAACAACAAGUUACAUUUAAAGGAAUACUUCAACUCUAAUAACGUUUUGAAUUGGCGAUUCAAUGAUGGUUAUAAAGAAGAGAACAUUACGCCGCAGAAGAUAAAAAAGUCCAAAUCUCAUCCGAGGUUAAAUGGAUUAGCGCAUAACAGUCCGACCGAUGUUGUUGCUAAACGUAAUUCAAACGCGAGUAUACAAGAUCAUAGAGUGCCGAAAAGGAUACGUUUAGUAAAUAUGUGGGCUCGGACACGAUUCUUCCAACGCGCAUUCAUGGUUUGGAUGUUAGUGUGGAUAUCGAUGAUCGUCUACAAUUCUGGCAUUGUUGAUUAUUUUAUAACAACUGAAAAAGACAUUGAUAGCGCGAGACACGAUUAUGAAAGAAAUAAAGCGAAACAAGCAGUUUAUAUGACAUACAAUGAAAGUGAUCGACGUCCUUUAGUGUUCGCUACUAUGAUAGACACAGAAGAAGUUGGUAAAACUAUCGAUACAAAUGAUACAAUCUUUUUGAAGCAUUCACAACAUUCACGCCCCUGGUCGAGACUAUCAGCAUCGCAUUGGUCAGCGAUACUGUCACAGUACAAUGAGACAGUGGCGGGAAGGUACGCGGUAAUCUUGCCCCCAACGCUACUGAGCCAUCGAGUGAGCCCCGAACUGGCGACGGGGCUUCGCCACCCAGACGAACGGGAGCCCCCGCCGCUCCGAUGGCAAGCUUUAGCCGCCGCCUUAGACCCCAUAGAUAUAUUACCUGAUUUCGAGCCAGCGGAAACAAAAAGUCAGGCGUACCAAUGGGGUAAGGCGACGGAUUUGCCUAUCUACCCUACAACGCCUAUGGAAAUCUUACUUCUUGCUAUAUUGUGUACUAUAAGCGUCGCUGUUAUCGCUUACAUGAUGGUUGUAUUAUACAGAUGUGUAUGUUCUCGACAUUACGCUGAAUGGAGAGCAUCUUGGAACGAAGAUGAGGAGUAUAGGAAAAUUAUUGCUAAACAACCGGCUGUACAGUUGGUAAUGGAAGCGGUGCCUCUGGUGGUUGCUGGUCACAGUCAGGAGGUGGAAUGUCUGGUGACGGACGGUGACACCGUCGUCAGUUCUUGUCUGCAGAGCAACAUCAAAGUGUGGGACUCUCAUAAUGGCGAGAUCAUCACGAACAUCGACCGCAAUGCGUUUUUCAAAUUACAAAAGGAACUACAUGAAAAGACAAAUCUAAAAAAAACUACACCGAAUGGAGCUUCUUAUGAUAUUUUACAAGUGACUCCGAAGCCUGAUAACAAAGCGCCGAAAACUAAUGAUAAUAUUCCACGACUUAAAGGUGGGUUGAGUAAUCAUCUAAGUGGAUUACGGUUCCGAGCUACAAGCGGAGAGUCGCCUUCGCACGUGUCGGCUGCAGAGACAACUAAAUACAACUUCGCUAAAUGCUACAAAGAUCUUUACUACAAUCGUCGAGAAGAAUAUUGCGAGACGAAAGAAAACGUCGACACAAACAAUUUAAGUGUGAACAAAAGUGAUUUGAGUGUUAAAGAUAGUGAUGUGAAUGAAAGUAUUUUUGUUUUCAACUCUAGUGCUGAAAGUUCAAACGUCUUAAGAAAUAGGCAUGAAAAUAAACAAACCAGACGAACUAGUAGUGAUGCGGGUCCAAUAACUGAGGAUGAUUGUAAAAACAGAGCGUUCAGUGAAUCUCCAGUGUGGUGUAUUGACUUUUGUAAUGACCUCAUUAUAUUAGGUUGUGCGGAUGGAAGACUUGAAUUCUGGGAAGCCAGUUCUGGUAAAUUAAUGUGUAUAUGGUGCGGGUCAGAGAGUAAAAGUGGGUGGGGCGGUGUGACGCACGUGCGUGCGCUAAGCGGCGGUCGGCGAGUAUGCGCCGCCUCUCUCAGCGGUCAUCUCACGUUACUGCGACUCGACGCUUACAAUGUUACCUCCGGUGCUCACGUCGAUUGGAGAUUCAGCACCGCGUAUAGAAGAACUCACAAGCGCACCGGGUCAGCGGAUUCGAUGCGAAGUACGCGUGGCAUUGACUACGACGAAGGCCGCGCUAGGAUGAGUUUCUCAUAUGAAACGGAUUACAGUGAUGGUGAAGAAGUAGUGUGUAUUCGUAUUGCGCACUGUAGACCUCACCAGCAGCCAGUAACGGAGAUGCAUUCUGAAGGUGGUCGCAUAAUGACGGGCGCACAGGACCACGUUGUGAAGGUGUUUUCGAGUAAUGAACUGAGCCCGUUGUUCACACUGCACGGUCACUGCGGCCCUAUAACUAGUUGCUUCAUCGACCACGCCACGCCCACUAUCGCCGGCAGCGGAUCGCAAGAUGGAUUGUUGUGUGUGUGGGAUUUACAUACGGGUGCGUGCUUGUACAGCAUGCAGGCGCACGACGGCGCGGUGACGUCACUCGCGUACACCGCCUCGUACGUGGUAUCUGCGGGCGCGGACGAACGUCUCUGCAUAUGGGAUAGAUUCCAAGGUCAUAUGCUCAACUCCAUACAUAUCGGUCUGAACUACAUGAGUCGGAUGUUACCUCUAACACACACGAUGCUGGUGAUGGGUGACCGCAGUGGUCUUACUGUCUACGACCUCAGCAGCGGAGAUGUUAUACGAAGGGUAUUAUUAGGACAGAGCGAUGGCUGCAUAUUUGUUCGACAAAUAUUACCACUCAAAGACGCUAUAGUAUGCGAUUACGCGAACCAAUUGAGAAUAGUUCGCUUCCCUCUCGUUUCUAAGCUUUCUAACAAUAAGAAUGAAUGAUUCCAUAAAGUCAAUUAUUAACUUUAAAGGUAAUCGCUCAAUAGAACUACCUGGCAAUCGCUCUUUUUAUCUCUAACUCACUCACUCGUUGAUAGGCUUAACUUAUAUUCCACGCGUGAAAGCCUUGCUUAAAACACUACAAAUUGUCCAUAGGUGGAUUUAAUGUGCGAUAACCUUAAAAUAUAUUGGAUUUUUGAAUUUUGAUAUUAAAUUAUGCUAGAAGCUAAACUUCCUGGUACUAUAAAGUGCUUUAUUGUAAUCUAUGUACAAAAAAACUUAAAUUAUAUUAUAUGAUUUUAAUAUAGCUUUUCAUAUAUAUUUGUACAUGAAACAUGUAAUGGCAUAACAUGUUUAAAUUAUCUAACGUGAUAUCACAAGUUAUAUGUCAAUGAAGAGAAUAUUUUUGUAUUUUAUUGGAGUUCUAAAAGCGGUCUGACAUCGACGGUAUUUAUUCUAUAUAAGUGAGAAAUUACUUGUUAGAUUUCUAUUAAAUGUUACCAUUAUCUUAUAUAUAAAUUUAAAUUCUAACGAAAACGCUGGAUCGAAGAAUAAAUGCCUUACUUAGUAGUCGUUAACUUCCACCUUUGUGGCUUCCAAAAUCGUCCAUUUUAAUAUUUAGAUCUUUAUUAAAUUGCCUCAAAUCCUGUCUGUGAAAAAUACUUUUGAUUCCUGUAGAUCUAUGUUAGAUCUACAACUUUAACCAAUCACUUAGUUUUUAGAAAUCACUAACACACACGGGUAUAUGGAAGCAGUCUUCUCGUAAUGUUUUAUACAAGUCACCGGACGUUCGUGAACACCGCCCAUUUUUAAUUUGCCUAGACAUUGUGAAGUAUCGCUAAAUAUAUAACAGCCUAUAUCGUUAGAAUGAAUCUUUAGUGUCGAAAAUAUAUAACAUUAAGAAUUAAUUCGUUUUGAUUUGCAAUUCACUGUUUACAACUUUUUUUAAGCAAAUUACAAACAAACGACUUUCUCGAUCGAUCGGUGAUAUUACAAUCUAAUGCCUACUUUAGCAUCACAAGAAACGGUAUGACAUAGUUGGACAAACAACUCGCAAAUCCUAUUUAUCUUAACUUACACUCGCUUUAAUUGAUUGUCAACCAGGGAUAUAAAACCAAAAAGGGUUUAAUUGAUUUUUUUAGAUGUAGUUUUAAAGGCAGCCUUGAGCAUUAAAUCAAUUUUAAACUCAAAAUACAUUUUUCUUAUAAGAUUUCUAUCGUUUAUGUUCUAUGAUUAAAAAGGUUAACAUAUGAAUGCUUCCAUUUACAAUUUUAGAUAACCGAUGGAUUUUAGGUUUUAUACCCCUGUAUUUUAUGUGACCCCUAGGUUCGUGAUAAUAUAAGAUAAAAUGUGGUAAAUUUAUUUAUUUUAUUCUUAAAAGUAUUAUGUGUGCAAAGAUACCAUGCUUUAAAUUUUAUUCCUGAUAUUUCUAAUACCUCCUCGCUAUUAUUUGUAUCUUUUUGAACCGUGCUUUUUACCUUUCGAAUCACAAAUGUUGCUAUAUCUCUAAGUAUAUAAGAGGAAAUAUCUUCUGUUAAAAACCCCCAAUUUGCACAUGAUUCGUGGAUUCAUUUUAAUUUUGGAUCCUGAAUACAAUAUAUUUUGCUUAUAACUAUGAGAUUUUUGAAUUGUUGCUUUACAAAAUAUACAUUAAAUGUAAUGUGUUAAUCAUCACAGCUUUUAAUAUAUAUUUUUUUAGUUCAGAAAUAGCUUCACAUUAAGUACAUAUAUUAAAGUAAAUUUAAAACACGGUAACAAAUUGGCAAGCAUCAUUAAAUUACCACAAAGUAACGUUAAAUUAUUUCAUUAGGUAAUGUAAGGAGUUAUUUAUUUUAAUAGUUAUUAAUGUUAUGUAAUCAAUUGUCCUAUGAAUUUUUCCAAACAUCCAUUCCUAUAUCCUUUCAGAUUCCAUUUCA